AUGGAACCAAAGAACCACACAUGGGUUGUGGAAUUCCUUCUCCUGGGACUUUCAGAAGAUCCAGGAUUGCAGCCUCUCAUCUUUGGGCUGUUCCUCUCCAUGUACCUGGUCACUGUCAGUGGGAACCUGCUCAUUGUCCUGGCCAUCCUCUCAGAACCACACCUCCACACGCCCAUGUACUUCUUCCUCGCCAACCUGUCCAUGGUGGAUAUCUGCUUCACUUCCACCACCAUCCCCAAGAUGCUGGUGAACAUUCAGAUACAGAGCAGAGUAAUCAGCUAUGCAGGCUGCAUCACACAAAUGUUCUUCUUCAUAAUCUUUGUAGUGCUGGACAACUUUCUCCUGGCCACGAUGGCCUAUGACCGCUUUGUGGCCAUCUGUCAUCCUCUGCACUACAUGGUCAUCAUGAACCCCCGUCUCUGUGUGCAGCUCGUUCUGCUGUGCUGGAUUAUCAGUGUCCUUUAUGCCUUGUUAAACAGCUUACUGGUGCUGAGGCUGAGCUUCUGCACACACCUACAAAUCCCCCACUUCUUUUGUGAGACAAAUCAGGUGGUCCACAGAGCCUGUUCUGACUCCUUUCUCAAUGACUUAGUGGUGUAUCUUGGUGCUGUGUUGUUGGGAGGAGGUCCUCUGGCUGGGAUCCUGUACACCUACUCCAAGAUUGUCUCCUCCAUCUGUGCCAUUUCAACAGCUCAGGGGAAGUAUAAAGCCUUUUCCACCUGUGCCUCUCACCUCUCUGCUGUUUCCUUGUUUUAUGGAACAGGACUGGGUGUGUACCUCAGUUCAACUGCUACACAAAAUUCACACUCAAGAGCCAUGGCCUCAGUGAUGUAUACCACGGUCACUCCCAUGUUGAACCCCUUCAUCUACAGUCUCAGGAAUAAUGAUAUCCAAAGGGCUGUGAAAAUACAUCUGUGGGAAAUCUUCCGAUGGCCAAUUUUAAGUCAUAACUAUGAAUCAGACCUAUAA